AUGUCGGCGAAAAGGAAGAGCAUGACUUCACCUGGAGGAAGCGCCAAGAAACAAAGGAAGGCUAUCGAUCUUGAGAUGAAAAUGAAGAUCAUAAACGACUAUGAAGCUGGUAAGAAAGUUAAAGCGAUAGCACGUGACUUGGAGCUGGCGCAUUCGACCAUUUCGACGAUCUUGAAGGAUAAAGAUAGAGUGAAAGAGGCAGUGCAAGCGUCGACAGGAUUUAAAGCCAUAAUAACUAGGCAGCGGAAAGGCCUCAUUCAUGAAAUGGAGAAAUUACUGGCGAUCUGGUUUGACGACCAGAUACAAAAAAGAAUGCCGAUGAGCCUUUUAAUAAUUCAAGCCAAGGCACGCAGUAUCUCUGAGACUUUGAAGGUGCGCGAAGGCGAAGAAUCGACGGAAACAUUUACGGCAAGCCGUGGAUGA